AUGACAUUCGAUGCUUCUUCAAAUUGGAAGAUGCCAAGAUUCAAGGCCAUGUUUUCCAACAUAUCAUUGACGCAAUUGAUAGCAUUCCACAAUCGCUCAACACCCUUGAAGUCGCAUUUUGCCAAUCACCAGCAAAGAGCGCUGAUCGAUGAUUACAUCUCCAACCUAAUCAACUCUACAACGCUCAAUCUCGAAUCAGAUCUCCGGGUUACAGUCGUAGUCGUGGUCAUGGGUGGCCGCAUCAUGCACCCUCCAAUAACCGCCCCCAAACGCGGUAUCGUCGCAUUUUCUCGUCUCUCUCGGCGCCUAUCCUCGUCUCUCCCUUCAGCAGCCCUGCGAGCCCGCGUGCCAAAUAUCGCUCAGUCGAGGGGAUGGGAUGGGAUGCAGGUAGGUGAGACGCAUCGCGUUCGCCUGGCCGCCGUUCAUGCCACCUACCCGCACCGCGCCCCCUUCUCACAUGGAAAGCGUUUCCCACCCCCGUCUCUGUUAAGUUCCGUCAUGUCUCGGCUCUACUGCCUGGUAGGGCUGGCUCGACACAUGCGCCAACACAACGGCCGCCACUUGGUAAUCAGUUGCGGUCUUGGCCAUCAGCAGGAGUAUCAGGCCGUGUUCAAAAUCACGCCUAAAUUCUAUGCAUGGCAUCAUAUUACGAGGCACGUAGGCGACCUUACCUUGCCUUACUUCGCAUACGUACGAAAAUACCCUUAUCACCUUCUCGAAUUUACCGAGACUGCACGCUCAGGCGCAAAGGAGGUGGGGGGAGGCACUGCGAAUGAUCAUCAAUUCACUUUCCGCGUCAUCCCCCUCUUCUUGUGGCCGUAUUUGUACAAUCGUACCGGCGAAUGUCACCUCUAUCAAUCCCGCAUACAAAGUACAGUUAUUGGUCAAUAA